CAGACAAAAAUUUGAUGGAUGAAUUGAUUGAUAAAACGAUGGCUCGAUCCGGCAAUGAUGCUGGGGGAAAAAAAAGUGAAGAGUCAAGCUCGUGAUCAUUCAGCUCCUUCCCUCCUCAUCACUCGAACCGCCCCCGCCCAAAUCAAGAAGUCGAGAGCCAAGCGCUUUCCUUCCUCCCAGCACCAACAUCAACACCGACACCGACACCAGAACCAACAAGGCAAUCGCAUUCACACUCGAUCCACGCCCUUCCUUCCUUCCUUCCUUCCUUCCUUCCUUACUGCAAGAUUCUCCCUUCCUCUCUCUCCACCUCUUGCCUCCCACACCGAGGCUCCUUCUACUGGGCAUCUUCUUCACCUUGACUCUUUCUUGCAACUCCCAUCCACCACACUCAUCUCAGAUCAUCAGGUGCAUCCAUCCACUUGCAUCCUGCUUCCCCUGUUCAGCUGGCACUCCCGUCCACCAUUCAUUGCGGCAUCAAUCACCUCCGGCGCCUUUUCUCGGCCCCACUGUCAUCACGAGGUCUGACGACGCUUGACGAAGUCUCUUUCUCAUCUUUGCCUCUUGCUUCCUCUUGCAAGCCCCCCGGCUACCUCGUCAUCGGACCGAGACGUCUUUUCUUGUGUCCCGUCUUUGUUAGCUUCGAAUCUUUCGGUCCAUCCAACGAGCUUCCUGCUCCGCCUCGCCACAUAUCACCAUCGGGGCCGGUUCUCGACACAUCUUCCCGGUACAAGACUCAUCUGCAAGAUCUGGUGGACGACGUGAGGAUUUACAGCUCAACCGCGGAACACCCUCCGGACGGCUGCCCCGGCUGACUCUUGUUUUCCCACUGCCAUUCUACGUCUUUGACUGGCUACAGUGCUUCUUUGCUAGCGCCCAUAAGCAGCCCCGUUGGACCCAGCGACGGACAGCCC